GACCCUCCCGUCGGGGAAUGGACCUUGAACCGUUCCUUUUGAAUCAGCGGAGUUGCCGUUUCUUGCCCCAAGUUUAACUAACUUUCUGUUCUCUCAGCACGAUGGGCUUGCUCCUGGGGAGUCGAACCGGAGCACGUAUGGAGGAGAUGUUGUUUUUAAGGGGAAUGAAUAGAAAUAACCCAUUUUGAGGAAGCCAUGGCAAAAUCAAACACAAAACACAGAGUUUGUUCUCGGGGAUCUUCCGUCUCUUCUCUCCUGGCAAGCUGCAGCCUGCGUGGUAGUAAUUCCUCUAACUCUGAUGGCUCAUUUCAGUUUAAGAAUAAGCUGUACAGUUCUGCUUCUCAGGCUCUGCAGGCCUAUAUUGAUGAUUUUGAACUAAGUCAGACACAUCCAGAUGCAAGUGCUGGGGAGAUGGACAUUGGUAAAGGUUUCACUAAUAUGCGACAGUUUUCCAGCAGUAUUUAUAAACCAGACAAGGCUUUUGAAAAUCUUGAUCACAUAAAGCACUCAAACUCCUUAAACUUAGCUAAUAGAAGAGAGACUUUUAAUGACAUAGACUCUGUUAGCCUAACAACCGAUGAUCUAUUAAAACUUCCAGCAGAUGGAUCAUUGGCUUUCACUUCCGUCCGACCAGGUCACCGAGUAGGCAAGAAAAACAAGAAAUGCAUUGGAAGACUGGGUUCACUGAACACUGAACAGAAUCCAAAUCUCCAAGAAUCCUCCACUACCAUGGGCAAGGAUAACUUAGUCACUCCUGUUAUAUACACAUAUAAAAAUGGCAAACAAUGUGGUAGGCUAAAAAACCCAAAACUUGUGAAUAGAACUAAUAAAUGCAUUUAUGAAUCAUCUUUGUCUUUUUCCAAGAAAUCGUCUUUGAAGGACAGUUCAGAACACAGCGCUGAAAAGAAUUAUCCAAGAUGGCUCACAAGUCAGAAAUCUGAUCUUAAUGUUUCAGGGAUAACUAGUAUACCUGAUUCCAAAUACCCAGUCUGGCUCCACAAUCAAGACUUGCUACCUGAUGCAAAUAGUCAAAGAGUUUAUAGAACAUUUGAAGAAGAUCAAUGUUCCCCUAGACAUAGUUAUCAGGCACAAAGAACUUCUCGGCUUAUGAAUAAGUCAGAUUGUUUUGAAUAUUCUUUUGAACCCUCAAACUUUUCAGAUUCCUUCAAUGUUGAUAAAGGAUUAGUUAAUAAAUACAAAUGUGAUUCUGAAAACAGCCAAUGUCAAUGUGAAAAUCCACUUCUCCCAGGACAAACCAAAAAGCCAUUCAGUGGUGACAAAAUUGAAUUGCUUAUCCUGAAGGCCAAGAGAAAUCUAGAGCAGUGCACUGAAGAAUCACCAAGGUCCAUGGAAAAGGAUGACAGUCCUUGCUCAUUAGAUAAACUUGAAGCAGAAAGAUCAUGGGAUAAUAUUCCUGUUCCUUUCAAAUCUCCUGUUCCUGUUAACUCUGAACAUAGUCCUCCACAAAGUUCAAGGGCCAAGUGUGUUAAUCACGUCCUUGAAGACUUCUUAAAUGAUGAUGAUCAGAGUUGUACCCUUUCUGGAGGCAAGCACCAUGGUCCAGUUGAAGCACUGAAACAAAUGUUAUUUAAUCUUCAAGCAGUACAAGAAAGUUUUAAUCAGAAUAAAAGUACCGAGCCGGAAGAAGAGAUUAAGCAAAUUUCAGAAGAGGACUUCUCUACAUUACAGUUGAAGGAAAGUAUGAUUCCCAUUACAAAGUCACUUCAAAAGGCCUUACAUCAUUUAUCUCGCCUGAGAGACCUGGUUGAUGAUACCAGUGGGAAACAGUCACCGAAAAUGUGAAGAGGAAAAUAAAUCUCACUAUAAUAAAUAGUCACCACAGAACAAAUAUGUGUUUUUUUCUAUUACCUAACCUGACUAUAUAAUAAUAUGCUGUACAUUAUUCUGUGCUUUGUUCCAGUAUUAUAUAUUUUAAAAAACUAAACUUGAAAAUGGCCAUAGGUUUUGUGAGCUAUCCUCAUUUUGUACCAAAAUAUUUGUAUACUGAAGUCUUACUUCAGGUCAACAAAUGUUUAAUAUCCAAAGAUGGAUUAUGCGUGUUCUUGAAACCUACCUGGACUUAACCUUCAGCAUCUCAUCAUUUUGUCAUCUGGUGCUGGAUCAUUAAGAAACAUUCUGAUCUCUGUCUCAGUUCUCUUAAGUAAAAUUUUUUUCAUAGACUUUCAAGCAGAUUAAGGAAUAUCAAAAUAGUUGUGAUUCUCUCAUCCAUAUGGAAGUCUGUUACUUCUAAGUUUUCAUAGAUAUUUAAGAUAAUGUUUUUGCAAACGACAUGAAUUUAACCUUGGGUGAUGCUAUGAUAUCUCCUCACUGAGUUAAUACUUUAAUUAUGUGUAAGAUAAUCUCAAUAAUACAUGACAUUUUAGGAAUCAUUCUUGGGGGAGAUAUUUGAAAAUUUAUUUUGAUAUUUCCCAGAUAUUAGUUUAGAUAUUAAACUAAAAUAUCUAAACUAAUUGUUUAUGAAAUAAAAUGAAUAUGGAAAAUCUAAAAGCAACCAUUUUAAAGCUGUUUUGUAAGGGUCCAACUUUUUAAAUCCACCUGUAGUCUUUUUGUAAAAGUUAUUUUUAUUUGAAAUGCAGAGUUAGAGGGAGAGGCAGAGAGGGAUCUUCCACACGUUGGUUCACUCCCCAGAUGUCCGCAACUGGCAAGGCUAGACCAGACUGAAGCCAGGAGCUUCAUCAGGGUCUCCUUCAUUGGUGGCAGGGAUUCAAGUACUUGGGCUGCUUCUGCUGCUUUUCCAGGCAUAUUAGUAGGGAGCUGGAUCAGAAGUGGAAUAUCCAGGACAUAAACCUGUACCCACGUGGGAUGCUGGCAUUCCAUGUGGCAGCUUAAUCCACUAUGCCACAUUGCCAGCCCUGUUUGUAGUCUUUAAUGUUUGUCAUUAGCUGGAAUUGAACAGAGUUCUAUAAUUUAGCAGUUUCUACCAAGGAGGUAUUCUUUCUUUCCUUUUUUAAAGAUUUUGUUUAUUUGGAAGAGUAGAGCUAGAAGAAGAGAGAGACAGAGAGAGAAAGAGAUAUCUUCUAUCCGCUGACCUGCUCCCCAAGUAACUCCAACAGCCAGGUUUGGACCAGGCUAAAGCCAGAAGCCAGAAACUCCAUGUAGGUCUCCCAUGUGGGUGACAGAGGUCCAAGUAUGUAGGCCCUCCUUUGCUACCUUCCCAGGCAUAUAAGCAAGAAGUUAGUUGGGAAGCAGAGCAGCCAGGACUUUGGCACUCUGGUAUGAAAUGCUGGUGUCAUGAGUGGUAUCUUAAUGUGCUGUACCACAACACUGGCCCCAAGUAUUAUUUCUGAUAAGUGGGGGGCAUCUUUACGAAAAAAAAACUCUAAAAUUUAAGUCAUAAAGCAUUGCUGAUACAACAUAUUAAAAUAUUUUUAAAAAGCCUGAUGAAAUUUAAUAAUUGUAUGUUACAUGUAUGUAUAUAUAUAUUUUCUGAACUAACGCUCCUGUAUAUUUCUGUUAAAAAGAUUAGAAUUAAUUUUGAUAAAAUUAAAUCCUUUUUAAGUAAAAAACUAAACCUUUCCAUAUUUAACACAAAAAGGAAAAUUAAUGCUCUACUGGUAGAUGUUAUCAGAUUUCUUAAAGCAUUAGUUAAACCGUAACAUUUUAGAACAGAGGGUGUUUCUAGAAAUGGGAGCUAUAGCCAGGUCAGUGCCAUUCAGACUCACUACGGCAUCACUUUCUGGAGAUGCUACCCAGACACCAGAUACACUACGUGUAGUCAACAUAGAACUAAUAUGCAAUUGUUACCUCAUGUCCUCGUCUUCUUGGCCGCCUUUAGAAUUUGUCUAAGAGUGAAUUUUACUUGGCCUGGAAUAUGGCUCACCCAGAUCUACCUGAUGUUUACUCACUCGAAAGCUACAUUUUUAAAAGUCAUACAUACUUUAAUCCUCAAAGUAAGUCUUGAUUUAGUUGUACAAGCUGUUUGCUGUAAAGCAGACCACAUUCAGUAAAACAGAAUGUCAGUGGUGAAAAAAGCAAACAAAUUUUGCUAAGUGCCUGUUAAACUACCCAGAACAAUAUUGUAAAAACCUUACUGGUCAAGAAUUAAAUAAAUAAAUAAAUAAAUGCAGUGUCCAUUCCACCAUGUUUAACAUAUCCUAUAACAGAGGUAUUAAAUGGCGGUUUAAUUAUCUGAAAAAAUAUUCUUUGACCCAAGGUGCUUAGGAAUUAAUAUUCAACAGUAAAUCUGUUUAGCAAAGAUGCUGCCAUUUGGUAAGGUGUUAAUUUGUAGUAUUUAUGUGUGUGUGUGUAUUUUGUGAAAGUUAAUUCAGAAAAUCUAAGGGAUAAGUGUUUUAGAAAUUCUCUAAAGAAGUAAUUUAAUUACAUGGUUAAUAUCAAGAUUUUUUCCUUGAGGUUUCUGGGUGGAGGCAAUAAUGUAGACUGCUAAGUUGAGAACUUGAAGCUGAUAAUGAGAGCAAUUAAUUAAAAAAUUGCAUUGGGGUUGUAAAUUGUAUCUACCAUUGCUCUCUUAGGUGUAAUGAGAAAAUGUUAUAUAGAAAAAGUUAAGAAAUUUUAAUAAUGUGUUUUAAAUUCUUAAUUGUGAAAAAUAUAUAACAAAAACUUAAUUACAAAAAUUAUGAGAUCAAGUGUGAUCAUUAUGUGGCAUCAAGACUGAAAUGUAUUGUCUCUACUAUCAAUAAGAAUUCUUUCAAUUUUUUAUGACAUUCCAUUUCAGCUUCAUUGAUGUUUUUACCCAAAUUGAGUAAUUAUGUCUUCUUGGGUUCAUUUUUGGUAUAUAUCUCUGUUGUUUCUUGUCAAAAUUUAUAAAUACGGGGUGUAUUUUGAUAUUGUUUUGUAUGUAAUAGCUUAUGAUGAUUUAUUUUUAAAUUACAUGUAGUUAUAACAAAAUGCUUCCCAAAGAUAUAUCAUGAAAAGAUUCCUUAUUUUCUCCUGUGUUUUGAAUACAUGGAAUUCCUUUUGUA